AUGAGCGGAAGACGUGCGCGUGGAGCUACCGAGCAGGAGCGAGUCUCCUGGCUCCCAGGACCUCAGAAGCCACGUGGGAGCCCCACACUGAAGCCCGCCCGGACCGGCUUCAUUCCAACUUCGCAGCUGCGUGCAGCCACGGCAGACACGCUCCUGGAGCACAUGUGCCGCCUGGGUAUCGACUUCCCGCCCAUCACGGCCCGCAACACGGGCGUCAUCUGUACCCUCGGCCCUGCCUCCCGAUCGGUGGAGACACCGCAGGAGACGAUGAAGUCUGGAAUGAAUGUGGCGCGCGUGCACCUCUCCCUCAGAACUUGCGGGUACCAAGUCGAGACCAUCACGGCCCUGGGAAUCUUUGCCUCCAACCCCAUCCUCUACCUGCCCGGCGCGGUGGCUCUGAACACCAAAGGCUCCGAAGGGAGGCAGCACCGUGGAGGCAGAGCUGAAGGGAGCCACGUGAAGAUCACGCUGGAUAAGAACACUGCGGACGGACUGCAAGCACACGUGCCAGGUGGGGGACGGGGUAGCAAGGUCUGGGUGGCUGAUGGCCUCCUCUCUCUGCCGGCGAAGCAGAAAGGUCCUUAUAUCUUGGAGACCGAGGUAGAGAGUGGUGGCUUCUUGGGCAGCAAGAAGGGCGUGAAGCUUCCCCUGGCUGCUGUGCACCUGCCUGCCCUGUCAGGAGAGGGCAUCCAGGAUCUGAAGGCUGGGGAGGAGCAGGAUCUGGACAGGGUGUUUGCCUCUUUCACCCACAGGGCGGACGACGGCCGUGAAGUUGGGAAGAUCCUGGGAGAGAGAGGGCAGAACACCAAGCUCAUCAGCAAAAUUGAGACGCACGAGGGAAUGAGCAGGUUUCACAAGACCCUGGAGGCCGGCGACGGGACUGCGGUGGCUCCCAGUGACGCUGGCAUUGAGAUUCCUGCAGAGAAGGUCUUCUUUGCCCUGACGAUGAUGAUCGGGCAAUGCAGCCGUGCUGGGAAGCCUGGCAUCUGUGCCACGCAGACACUAGAGAGCAGGAUCAGGAAGCUACGCCCCGCCAGUGCCGAGGGCAGCCAUGUGGCCAACACGGUCCAGGACGGAGCAGACCACAUCAUGGUCUCUGGAGAAAUGGCCAACGGUGUCCACCCCCUGGAGGCUGUCCAUGCAGCACUGGAUGGCCGGGGCUGCAGAGGCUGCGACCCCAUGGGCACCGGGGAGGCCUCCUUCAAGUGCCGCAGUGGAGCCAUAAUCGUGCUGACCAAGUCUGGCAGGUCUGCUCCCCAAGGGGCCAGAUACCACCCUCGUGCCCCCAUCAUUGCGACAUGGAAUCACCAGACAGCUCACCAGGCCCACCUGUACCGUGGUAUCUUCCCGCUGGCAUGUAAGGACCUGGUCCAAGAGGCCUGAGCUGAGGAUGUCAGCCUCUGGGUGAACUUGGCCAUGAAUGUUGGCAAGGUGCAUUCCCCCUCCUCCCACUUCUUUAAGAAGGGAGAUGUAGUUAUUGUGAUCACAGGUUGGAGGGAGCCUGGGAGCCAGAGUCUCCGCUUAAAGGAGAAACACUGUGGGGAGAUUACAAUUUACAUCACACUGGGAGCAUAUGGGAAUUUACGCCUUAUCCAUAGAGGAAGCAGCGGAAGUGGGUCAGCAAGUGGAUUCCAUGGACAAGAGAAGCAAGAGACGGUGGAAGAAAUGACAGCUUUAGCUGAGCCACAGGAGGCUAAUCGGCUUCAGAAGGGGAGUAAGAGAAGGUCGGAGAAGUGGGAAAACGUCCAGAUGAAGAAUUUGGAAAUGAUGGUAUAUAACAGGCAUCACUGUGGUUUCAUGAGAACCAGACUGCCACUGAAAGCAAGUUUGGGGAAGGCUAACCUGGCGUGGAGACAAGGAUUACAGUGGAAGAGUCUGGAAGCAAGUAACCCAAUUAGGACAGCGUUGAGAGAUCCCAGGUGUGAGGCGAGUAGUGCCCCGCUGAAGUUCCAGAUACAAAACGUGUUAUUCAAAUUCAUUAGCAUCAUGAUGCAGUUUCGAUAA